AUGGAGGGAACUGAUCAAGCUCAGCGUGAACGAGAGAAAAAACUCGCCGCAGCCAGAGCAAAGCUACAAAAAUUCCAAAAAACUCGAGUCGCAACAACAUCAAUCGCAGAGCGCAAUGAGGUUGCUACUGCUGCCACUCAUCCAUUGGCCUCAUCAUAUACAAGUACAGAACACUCUGGCUCUACGGCAGCCACAGUCUCGAUACUAGAAGAUCUGGAACUAAAUCCUUCAUCACGAUAUUCACAAUCAACACCAACACCUUUAUUGACGAAUGGCUCAAGAUCAAACACGCCCGCAUUAUUGGAUGCCUCAUACGGGCAAGCAAGAGGACGCAGCAAUUCGACUUCUAAAAUUCCUGUCUCAACUAGUCGAAGUCGCUCAACGUCAAUGAGUCCAACGAGGAAUGCUCCUCUGCCAUUCUCUGAUCCUGCCAAAGAUCUCGUAAAGUCCACAGAGCUCGAAACCCAAAACACCUUUUUGCAUGGACUCAAUGCCACUCUCACAUCAGAGAAUCGUGGCCUACUAGAUAAGCUGUCACAAUUACAGGCAGAUUUAUUAGCAGCAUCACACGAAAAGGAAGCCUCCGAACGUCGCGCUGAAGCGGGCGAACGGUUGGUACAACGAGCUGAAGCUGCAGAACAUGAAGUGACAGAACUAGAAGAUAAAUUAGCCAAGGCACAGCAGGAAGCCAAGGUCCAUGAAGAUCAAUGGACUAAAGAUUACGAAGAGCUAGAAGAGUCUCGUCUUCGUCUUCGAUUGUUGGAAGAUGAUAAUCGCUUUUUGCAGGAUUCGCUAAACGUGCUGGAGAAUAAAUUACAGGAGCAGAGCAGUGCUUUUGCUAGUAUUGAUGCAGAGACGAAUAAGUUACGAGCAAGGUUGGACAUUGCGGAUUCGUUGGAAACUCAGAAUUUGGUCUUGAGUCCUCAGCUGGAAUCUAUACAACAGUCCCUGCUCGUAGCACAAACCGAGAAUGCUCGACUUGUAGCAGAGUUACAAAAUAAGGAACCAAUAGCUAGCCUCGAUGAGACGAGACAUCAGAUAGAUGCCCUUUCUGCAGAAUUAGAAGCCCGUAGUAAGGUCGAAGCUGAUUUACGACGAGGUCUUGAAAUCGCCAAAGAAUCCAUACGAGAUUUACACGAAAAACUGGCUUUGGCCACAGCCGAAAGAGAUUCAGCAAUAGCAGAACGAGACUCGGCUGCUUCCGAACGUGAGACUCUGGUCUCGGAGCGAAGCUCUUGGCUGUCGGAGAACGAAUCGCUACUAUCAGCACGACAGUCAAUAGAAUCAGACUAUAAUUCCCUCAUGUCAGAACGUGAUUCGCUCUUGUCUGAGCGACAGUCGUGGACUUUUGAACGUGAUUCGCUGCAAUCAGAGCGUGACAGUUUGAUAUCUGAAGCUAGCACUCUGAUAUCAGAACGAGAUAAGCUGAUCUCUGACCUUGAUGCUCUUGUAUCGGAACGUGAUGCCAUCAAGGCCAAGUUAGAACAAGUUGAAUCAGAAUCUCGAGAUUCUAACAAGCUGGCGGAGAUGGCCGUCCUGCUCGAUACGUAUAAAAGUCAGCUUGAAGAGAAGAUUGUUCAACUUAAUGACGCGACUCGUAGUAUAAGAGAUCAUGAAUUAGCUGCUGAGCAAUUUGCGGAAGUCGUGGAAUUGAGUGAAGCUGAGGCUACCGAAAAGAUAGCCCGUCUCGAGGAAGAGCUUGAUCGGCUUCGCUCUACCGUGCAGUAUCCUCAAGGAACCAAUGAACUGCAGGCUCAAGUAGAACAGCUAUCGAAAGAUUUAGCAUUGACGACCAAACAAUACAAGGACGUCGAGGCACGACUAGAAGCCGCCCUUUAUCAUAGUGAUGAGCUACGCAAUAGUCGUGAUGCUGCAGUAGCUCAACAUGAGCAGUUGAAUGCACGUGUGGACGGUUUGACCCAACAUUUAGUAGAGCUCGAGUCAAAUCAACGUAAAGAAUCUGACGAACUGGCCGCGGAGCUAGUAAAUCAACGUAAAGAGUCUGAACAAUUGGCCACGGAGCUAGUAGAAGCUAUUAAAGAACGUGAUAGAGCUAGACGUGACGUUGAUAAAUUACAAGAUGGUGUCUCGAAAGGAGCUCAGGAUCAGGAGCUCAUACUGGAGAGUCUCCGUGAUUUGACUGAGCAGGCAGCUACACUUAAAUCUCAGUUGGAAGGUGUAACUUUAGAACGUGAUGAGCUCAACGAGCAAGUAAUAUCCUUAACGACACGUCUUGAUGAUGCUCAAUCCAAUCAUGCUCAUACUCGACAAGUAUUGUCAUCACAAGCAGAUGAAUUAAAACGUAAAAUGGAAGCCAUCACGACUAGUGCAGAAGCAGAACGGCAGAGUUGGCGAAAUAGUAGUACUCAGCUCAACGACGAGGCCAUUAGCCGUUUAGAAUCCGAGAGAGAUUCAGUUUUAAAUCAACUCAAGUCUGCUGAAGCUGAACUGAUCAAAAUUACUCAAAAGGCGACUGAAAUGUCGGAAGAAGUUGAAGAUCUGACUUCACGUCUUCAAUCUGUAUCUCAGGAGCGUGACAGCUUGAAAUCUCAAGUCGACACCAAUAAUGCCGAAAUGGAGACACUCAGUCGUAACGUCUUGGCCAUACAACAUGAACGAGAUGAAUCUCGUAAUCAAUCUCGUGAAUCGUCCAGUAAACUUGAGUCUCUUGAAUCUACUGUGGCUGAUCUGCAAACUCAGAUUGGUGAAUAUAAAGUCGCUUUGCGCGAUUCAGAAGCGGAACUGGACGCUGCUCAAUUAGAGAAUAGAAGAUUGACAGCCAAUCUCACUGAGAUUGGAAGCCGAAUGACUGAUGUUGAAGUCGAUCGUGAGACAUUCCAGCAAAAACUCUCGCAAUUAACGUCAGAACGAGACAGUUUGCAAGAGCAAGUAUUUGCACUACAAGCGCAGUUGUCUGUGUCUACAUCAGAGUUGGAUCGGGUGACUUCCGAAAUGUCUCAUGUGAGACAGGAAGAAGCCGACCUACAACAUAAAUUGGCUCAAGCAACUGAAUAUUUACGUUCUGUACUCAAGGAACGUGAUGAAGCCAAGACAAUAAUAUCUAGCGGAGACACAGAAAACACGUCUUUGACCAAUGCCCUGAAACAAGCAGAGGCUAGUGUAGUUGCUAUGAGAACGGAGUUGGAAGAGUUACGAGAACAGGUCCAUAGCUAUGCCAUAUCUGCAGAGCACACCAAGGUCCAACUAGACGUUGCUCAAGCAGAGCGUAAUAGUGCCAUUGCUCGACAAGAUGAGAUUCAAUCCGCUAUGACUGAUUUGGAGCGAGAAAAACGUGACAUAUUGAGUCAGUUGCAUCAGCUACAGACUCAUGUAGAACAUAAAGACACAGCACUCACUCAUCUAACACAACGUCUAUCGGCUUCAGAAGAACAGCUAUCAGGAAGGCAUGAAUCGCAUGGUGCAGAGAUUGCCCGCCGAGAUAGAGUAAUCGAUGAAAUUACUGCCAAACGAGACGAUUUAAAUGCACAAUUAUUGGAACAAGCAUCACAAAUAGCUCAAGCCAAUGAAGAGCGUGAAGACUUAUCUCAAACGCUCAAAGAGCUUCAAACCGAGUAUGAGUCAUUAUCUGACGAAUUUGCUCGUAUUGUAAAGGAACGAGAUGAUUUCUCAGCUGACCACGCAUCCGUAAAUGAAAUGUUGACUAGUGUAUCUCAGCAGCGAGAUACGGCUAUAGCUCAGAGCCAGACAUUUGAACAAGCUUUAAACGAGGCUACAGCUAGGCUAGACCAAAGUAUUAGAGAUGCUCAGGAGCUACAUCAGAGACUACAGUCUUUGACAAGUGCUCAUGAUACGCUUCAAAUAAGCUAUAAUCAAGUCGUAUCUGAUUCUCGUGAAAUCUCGUUACGAGCGCUGCAAGAGACCGAGUCUUGGGCAGCUGAGAGAGAGAAACUAAUGGAGGGCCUCAUUCAAGCUAAAUCACGUAUACAGGCACUCGUGAGCGGAGAGGAAUUCCUCAAUAAACGUAUAUCAGAGUUAGAGCUUUCCAAAUCCACUGCCAUCUCAGAGUCUACUCAGCUUGGUCAUGAAUGUGAUCAGCUACGAGCUCGUCUGGAUGCUAUAACUGGCGAAUUAUCGGAUGGUCAACAAAAGCUGUCCAAUCAACUUGAUAUUUUAGCUGCAGAAAAUGCUCAGUUGGCUCGUGAACGUGAAUCUCUGGCUAGAUCACUUGGUGAGGCUUUGUCCACUGGAGAAACGGCCAUCGCAGAACGUGAUGCUUUGUUUGAUGCAGUCUCUAUCCUUCGUAAAGAAAAGGAAGAUAUUGAAGCUGAACGUGACUUGUUCAGUCAGUCAAAUGCUGCUCUCAAGGAAGAGUUGGAUGUAUUGAGGAAUGCAAAUGAGAGUCUUGAUACUGUCAUCAAGUCUGGAAUUGAAAGUCUCAAUACCUUCAGGAAUGAAAACUCUGACCUCAAGAGCCAAUACGACGGUCUAGCACAGCAAUUAUCUGUAGCUCGUCACCGUAUAGAAGAGCUAGAAGAGACAACUGAAUCAGAAAGAUCCAGACUACGGAAAGAGAAGGAAGCUCUUAUACGUGAAGGUGCUUCUCUAACAGAAGCCUGUGAUGCUAUGAGGACUCAGCUGGCCGAAGCUCAACGAGAGAGUCAUCAGACAAAAUCCGCUCGAGACGGACGAAUUGCCGAACUCGACGCGAUGAUGAUUACUCUCAAGAACGAGAAGAAGGUCAUAUCACAUGCAUUCACUGAAUUAGAACGUGAUGCCAAAGAAUUACGGAAACAUCUUGAAGAUCAACUUGAACAUACUCAAAAGGCCUUGUCUGAAGCUCUAAUCGAUCUUGCUCUCGAACGAACUCAAGCGUCAGCUCAAUCGGCUCUUAUUAGCAAACUACAGUAUGACUUGGAUCAUGAAGUAAAUGCCAAUAAAGCUGAACGCGAACGAUCUGAAGAAGCACAUACAGUCGCUACAGCUCGUGCCGAUGUAUUACGAGCCGCUGAAGAAGAACGUGAUAAUGCUCGAAGCCAACUUGAAACCCUACGAAAGGAGAUGUCUGACAGCCAAACCACAAUGCGAGAUCGCCUCACAGAAGCCGAACUAGAGUUACGAGCAGCGCAAGAUAGAUCUUCGUCACAUGCAUCUGAACUGCUUGGUCGUAUAGAAGUAUUAGAGAGCCAACUUACUGCAUAUCAGGACCAGCUUCAUGAUUCGAAUGCUGCAUUCGAGCAUCUGCAAACUCAGUGGACGGCAUCCAACGAGACUGUAGAACACCUGCAGUCCGAGUUAUCGGCAUCCUCUGAGACUUUGGAACGUCUUCAAUCAAAAUUGUCUGUAUCCGAGGCGUCUGCUAGAAAUCUGGAGGAACAUUUAUCGUCGUCGGCAGCCUCCGUAAAUAGACUAGAAGCCGAAUUGGUAUCAGCUCGUAAUGAUGUAGAAGCCGCUCAAGCCCAAUUGAGCUCAGCGCGUACUCAAUUAGAAUCAGCUCAAAGUCAACUAGAAUCAGCACAUGCUCAGAUCAACCAACAGGCCCAAUCAUCUCAUAAUCAAUCUGUAUUGCUAACUCAGCUCGAGGAAGCCAUGUCCGCCAAGAAAGUAGCGUUACAAGAGCUUGAAUCUAUUCGAGUAUCCUAUGAGAAGUUGGUAGCAUCAGAGGAAAGUGCUCAGAAUGAUUUGGUCGAGCUUGUCCAAGUAAGAGCACGACUAGAAGAAUCUAUGGCAGAACUAGCAAAAUCAAUAGAAUCCAAAUCUAACGAAAUUGGUCAAUUGGAAGAAGAUAAUGAUGUCUUAGAAGCUACCGCAAUACGAUUAGAGCAAGACAUGGAAUCAUACAAGAAACGAGUAGAGGAUGAUCUCAAACACCAGGAACAUGACUCCCGUAAAGAGAAGGACCUCCUUGCAAUUGAUUUGAAUCAGUUAAGGAUGGUUGUAGAUGAAAGGACUGACCGAGUCUCGAGUCUUGAAGCAGAAUGUCAGUCUCUCCGCUCGCAGUUUGAAGGAUUGCAGCAACAUAGGCAGGCAGUAAGGAGCUCAUUGUCGGAUCUCUCCGCCAGACUGCCUUCCCCAGUCGAUGCUGAUUUGGCCACUGUCGAUGAAAUAGAAUAUCUCAGAGUAUUGUCUAGUAAACUUGAUACCAUACAGGAUCAAUUGAUGGAUGCUCAUAAGAGCUAUGAUGCAGCAGUCAGUAGAGCAGCGGAGUGGGAGAGACAUGCUGAAGAUCUCAAACGAGAGCGUGACCAAGCACGUAAACAGGCUUCCGAGCACGGUGGUAAACUAAAUGAUUUGUCUCAUCAAUUACUCUCUAUUGGUGCUCAGGCAGAAUCAGUGCAUACUCAACAGAUGGUUGAAUUACAACAAGCCACCGAGAAAGUCAGCUCGUUAACUGCGGAGCUCGAUACUAGAAAUCGUGAAGUCAACCACCAUCUUACCUCAAUACGCCAUUUACAAAACGAGGUUGAAAAGUCGUCAGAAGAGUUAGCACGACGAAAAGAACAAGACUUGCAGGAUGGAGAUCUUGAUGAUCGUCUCGCCGCUGCCAAUGAGCGUGUAGAAUCGUAUGCUCAGCUUGCUGACAGUGCAGUCAAGUCUAUGGAAGUAUAUCGAGAUGAACUCAGUCGUAAACAGCUUCAGUUGCAAAAGAUGGAGAUAGAGAUUGGAAGACUGCAACAAGAUAGGAGUCGUGUGGGCAGUCUACAGCAGUCUGAUAUUGAUGAACUUGGUUCUCGAGCUAUCGAAACUGGUGUCUCUGCUAUCGAUGAACUUGUCCGGGCAGUAUCUAGUGCUAGUUUACGAGGGCCUCCUCAGACUAUGCCCGCUAACUGUUGUGGCCAUGUCGAAUGUCAUCGUGGAUGUAUGCUUGAUAACGAUGCCGAUGUCGAUGGAAAUCAAGCCGAAAUACUCCAACAUCUCGUAAAACAAGUAUCCACUAUAAUGAAAUCGUCAGCUGACCAUGCCGAGACUUCGAAGAGGAUCUUGAUGGAAUUGUCUUCAUCGGCUUCUGAAGCAGGUCAUAGUCCUUCUAGAACGAAAGAAUCACCAAUUAAACCCGAAUUUUCAGCUGCUAAAGAGGAACGUGUUAGGAAACUGAUCAAGAUGCAGUCCAAUUUGCUUGAAGAGCAUCGCCUCUUUUUGGCAGAAAUGGAGUCGGCAUCUCAGUCCUUUAGUAGACGAUCUGUAAAUCCUGAAGAAUUAUCGGCUAGAUUUGUAAAAGUUGUUGGUGGAUAUCAAGGAAUUGUCGCUGAGCUCAUUGAGAAGACCAGCGAGAUGGUUGAUUCUAUCAGUGACAAACUUCCGGAUUUACGAGCAGAGAUUUCGUUUUUGGCUUCGGAAUUGCGAGAAGUCAUCUUACAGCACCAAGGUCUGUCUCGACAUGCCAAAAACUUGCUGUCUGCAGUAGAGAAGAGUAGACGAGUAACUCGGUUUGCUGAUGAUGGAAACACAUCCUUCAUGAGCUAUAAUGGUGCUGGUGACAUGAGUACUGUAACCAAUGGAGACGUAUCAGCCUAUCGUAUCAACUUUGACGAAUUUGCAGAGUUGGCAGCAAAAGCCGCUCAAGCAGAAAACUACCAUGCUCAGUUUGAUAACUGUCAGUCCAUCCUGAAGGAUCAAGAAAAAGAGAUUGAUGUACUCAAGGAGGCUAUAGAAGCUAUGACUGCACGACCGGUAGAAGGUUCUGCUUCUGCUGACUUGGUUGCACUCAAGUUACUUCAACGUCAAGUAGAAGAGCUACGCAAAGUCUGGUCUCACGAAUUGUCUGCGAAUAGUAUUCUUCGCGGACUGAUCAUGAAGACCCAGCAGGAGGCCGUCGCUGCUGCUGAAGAAGCUCAAUUCCGUGAGCAACAGUUGAGAGCUGAACUAGAUGAAGCGGUAGUUUUGUGUGAGCAAACGGCAAAUGAUGCUCGAUUAGUUGCUGAACGAGAAGUUGAAAUAAUACGUCGAGUAUCUGCAGAUAUGAAGGCUUACGAUGAUAGACUAGCCUCUCAAAUAUCAGAAGCGGAUAUGUCAUCUAGUCGUGUUGCUGCACUAGAAGAAGAACGAGAUCAAGUGGCUGCUCAACAGGCUCGAAGUUUGUCUCGUUUACAACGUGAGUUGAAACAAGCACACGAAGAACGAGAUUCUUUAUUAGAACAGCUCAAGAAUGUUGAACUGGAGGUCUUGGAUCUUCAACAGUCUAUAAUGGAUGACAAGCCCUUCCCAGACAAGAAGGAGCCUGACUGGGAGACCCAACGUAGUAGAUUAGAAGCUGAAUUGUCGGAAUCAAGACGUAAAGAAUUGGAUUUACAUAGUCAACUCGAAUCUACUUUCGCUUCAGCUUCCGUGACGGAAUCGAAGCUCAAACAAGUCAGUGACGAACGUCAUAACCUUGAUAAUGAAGUACGUCGGUUGAUGCACGAACUCAACCAAGUUGGCAACAAGUCCCUCAGGUCUGCAGCCACCUCUCCAGCACGCACCUUAUCUAGUCCACCUCGCUCCUCCGCUGAGCUACAAAAGAUUGAAAGAGAGCGAGAUGCUGCUCUCAGCAAAGUCAAGGAGCUCAUAGAAGAUUUAGAAUCACAUAGGAGCAGCUGGAACCGAGAUCGUGAAAAUUUGGAAUCAGAGCUCUCUGCCUUGCGUCAACAGCAAGAGGAGGAGAAGAAUAGAGUGCUCAACGAAAAUCAAUCACGACGACCUCGAUUCUAUUCUGCCGUAGACGAACAUAGUGACCAUUCCAGUGAACUUCGUAGAGUACACGAAGAGCAACUAACAAGACUUGCUAGUGCUGAACGUAAACAUGCCGAUAUUAUUGCUCAAUUGUCGCGUGAACAUACCAAGCAGCUCGAAAAACUCACGAAGGAAUACAAUCUCAACUUGUCGUCACUACAACAGCAAAUCCAAGAUAUAGAAGUCCAUCGUGACAAGGUAGCGGAUAAUAUGCAACAUGAUUUUGCUACUCAAUUGGAUAAUCUGGCUCGACAAUAUGAUAAAGUCAUUGUUGAACAUAAACGACAGAUUGCCACCCUAGAACGUCUCGUGCAUGCUGGUGAAACCAGUAUACAUCAAGAUCUGUCGAGUCAGCUAGAUUCUGUAAGACAACAACGUGAUGAGCUACUAUCAGAUCUAAAGACUGUGAGAUCUGAUUUGGAGAGGACAUUGAAUCAUGAAAAGGCCCACUGGAGCAAAGAACGUGAAGCCUUACUCGCCGAAGCGGAUUCAGCCAAACGAGCUCUUUACGAAUCAACUAGUAAUUUAUCUGGGCAAUCCGCAGAACUAGCUGAAGCCAAACAACGAGUCGAUGAAUUAGCAGACUUGCUAAUUGCAAGUGAAGAACGAGAACGUACCAUGGCAGCUGCUAAAAAGUCUGUUGAACGUCGUUUGGCCGAUCGUGAUCGGGCUAGUAAAGAAGGCAUUCUUGAAUUUGAGAAGACCUUCCGAGAACGAGAAACAAGAUGGACUAUUGAAAAGCAGGAAUUAGAACAACGGCUGGUUCGUGAAAGGGCUGUUUUGGCUGAUCAGCUUGCUGAGGCACAGUCUGCUUGGAAUGUCGAGCGUAAAGCUCUUAUAAUAGAAGCUGAUAAUGCUAAAGAGGCUGCCGAGUUAGCUGCCAGUCAUAUUGAUGAAGCUAUGACUGAACGUGCUGCUAUUCAACGGGCGUUAGAAGUCCAGGCAGAGCGCUUUGGCAAGAUGGAUUCUACAAAGGACGCUCAGAUCCAGAGAUUGGAAGCCAUGGUCAAUACUAUACGAGCCAAUGAAGCUGAAUUGGCCGCAUCUCAAAUGGAUCGAACGCAACAGUCUCUUCAAGAAUCAACGUUACAGCAGUUGGCUAUUUCUGAAGAGGCUCGCAGGACUGAAAGAGAGAGAAGCAAACUUGUCAUUGCCAAGUACAAGAAACUGAAGUCAGACCAUUCUAGAUUACGUGAGGAUUGUCGACUUGUUUUACAAGAACUGGCCUAUUUGAGAGCAUAUGUUACACGUUUGAUGCAGUGGAGGAAAGAUCUCGGUUACCAGAAACUGUAUCUAGAUAUGACAAUUACCAAUUUGCUUGAGACUCACAAGACAACAUUGAAUCUCAUACAUGGAAUGGGAAUUGAUUCACCUGACGAUCAGGGAGAUAUUUCACCUGUUCGCAAGUUACAUCGUUGUGUCAAGGUGGUAAUUGCGUGUGUCCGAAUGAGGUAA